ACCUACAUAGGUGCAAAACUAAUAAAUUUCACGAUAACAAAUUGAAAAUGAUUCCAAUAAUUAUUAUUUAAUUUUAUUAUUUUACUUACGACACCUUGUGGAAAUUUAGUGAACUUUUAUUUAAUUUAAUCAAUCUAAAUUUUGUUCAACAUUUAUUACCCCUGCCACUGUAUAAAAAGUAUGUAUUCUAUAGGGCUUUUCAUCGAUUGUCAUUUGUUUCGAGCUUCUGUCAUGUGUCACAUAAUAUUAAUAUAUCUACGCCAUACGUCUUUGAUUUGUAUUAUUGUAUAUACCAAUAACGUAUGACGUAGAUAUAUUAAUAUUAUGUGACACAUGACAGAAGCUCGAAACAAAUGACUGUGAAUGAAAAGCCCUAUUCUAUGUAUAUUGUGAUGGAUGAUGGAUGACAAACAUACACGUCAGGAUGUCUGAUAAUUUAUGCAAUUUGUACACAUAAAAGAACAUGAAUGAAAUUUAAAAAAAUGUGGUUUUUUGGAAAAUCUUUUCAUGGUAAACAAUAUUCAAAUAUUCAAACAAAAGGAAACAUUUGAUUUAAAUUUAUAAGUAAAAAACAUAGUUGGCAAAGUUUUACAAAAACAAAUCUUAUGUACUUAAUCUGAUAAUUUCUUUUUGUAAGGGAUAUUUUGGCCUUACCCUUAAUGACCGUUAAUUGUUAAAACAUUUAUUUUUAUUUUAGUUUAUUUUCUUCUCAUUUUGAAUAUUAUGUUAUUGUCAUUUAUUAUAGUCUAGUCUAGAAACUCUCGGCUUUUGUCUUUUUUCUUACAAAAAAUAACAGAUAGGUAAACUUAUAAUUAGUAAUAAAAGUAAAAUAAUAAAUACCCACAAAAAUUUGAAAUUGCAUGUAGGUACAAUUCAGUUUGUCUGGACUAAACUCGAAAAACAUCGAGAAAAUGACGUCAUUAAAAUGAAAAUAAGAAGAGGGAACUGUACUUAAAAAAUGCAAAUAUCUAGUAAGUUCUUUUUAAUCUGUCAAAUUAAGUAAAAACGAUUUCAAGAUUUCCUUGUACUUUUUCAAAAAGUUUUUAAUUAGAAACUGACCGAUUUCUUUUGUACGUAAAACUGAACCGUUCCUACAACGCUACAACUAUUCAAAAGCAUCAAGAUGGAUAACAAUAUGAUCAUAAGAAAUUACUUAGACGAAAAUUUAACUCCUACUAAAAUAGAAUACAUAGAUCCUUCAGACAAUGGAAGAGUUGUGUCGCAGUCGUAUGGUCCACAAACGUUACACCCUUCUUCUGAUAGAAUGAAUUGCAGCUUCCCUAUUAGUUUUCCUGAAAUCUCUAUAAAAACGGAAGAAGAUAUAAAAAGUGAGGUACAAGAAAAGGUUGUUUUGGUAAAUGGCUGUUGGGAUACGACAAAUAGAAUUCCAAAUAUCGUAGUUGAAAUGCAUGUAAAUACCAAAGAUAUUAACGGCUUGAAUAAUUGUACCUUAAAGAACGGUGAUUUUGAUUCUCCUAGAGACGUCACAAGUCCAAGUCCUCGUGGUUCUGACAGUGGCAUAGAAUCGGACUGUACAGAAGGAAGUCUUUCCUGGCUUCUUAAUUAUAAAAUUCAGGAAUUGCCCCCUGUUCCAGAUGCUACUGCUACAGAAACUGUUAAUAGAAACGUUAAUUUAAUUCAAGAUAAUUACUCUAUCCGACCACAAAUAGUACAGGUACCAACAAUAGUCAAACCUUGUGAUGCAAAAGGUAACUGCUCACAUUCAUGUAGAUACUCUGGUCAAAAGAAACCACCUUUCACGUACACCGAACUGAUAGAAUAUGCGCUCAGUGUAAAAGGAGAGUUGACAGUGUCUGGGAUUUAUCAAUGGAUAUCAGACCACUUUCCGUUCUACAAGCAAAACGAUGAUAGAUGGAAGAAUUCUGUCAGACAUAAUUUGUCGAUAAACCCUCAUUUUAGGAAAGGGGGAAAAGCAGUUCAAGGUGCUGGUCAUCUUUGGACUAUUGCCCAGAGGGAUGCUCAAAAAUGUGCCCAAAUUAAACAAAGGAUUAGUCAGUUCUUCCAGAAUUUUUAUGCGGAUUCACACAGUACACCCCAGGAUCCUCUAGAAAAGGAACUAGAAGCAGCGACACAGAGUAUUUUAGGAGAAAUUAACCCUAGUUACACGAUCCAGACAUCAAGGAGUAAUACCAUAGAAGUGGAGUACGUUAAUAUUGAAGAGUCCACUAAUGGAUUGGAAGAUUUUCUAGCCCCACCAGUUUCGAAGGAGGACAUCGUCAACGAGUGUGGACUAGGUAAUGACAUCUUCAUCACCGAUAUAAAUCCAAACGUAUUAGGACUCAAUCUAGCCGAAGUAGAAGGUAUGGCAGACACCUACGAAGAUGUUUUCGAGUAUUACACCACAAAAGAAUAAUUAUUUUCCACAGUAGGUAGCACGUAAACGAAAAAUAUGUUUUCUGUGUCUUCGUGCUCAAAGAUGAUAUUCCAACGUGUUGAAAAUUUGUAAGGAAUGGCUCAAUUUUUAGUACCUUUAACGAAUUGGUUAGUGUUUUAAUUAGAUACUUAUCUAUAAUUUCUUUAAAUAAUAAUUCAAUACGCUCAUCCGGAAGAAAAGUGACACAACUCAAAAAAUGCAUAAUUCUAGUUAUCUUGUUAAACUGACUUCAAAUAUCCUAUACUUUUAUCAGGAAAAGUGUCACAUAGAUGUUUACUUCCAACUUCGAAAGAUGGCGGUAGUGUCAUUAUUCCUUUGGCGGUAAAAUGAAUACUUUUAUUCCGGAACAAUGACACUUUUUAGUUAUGCUCUGACAUUCGACGUGAACUUAUCAUUAUUUAACGCAAAGACCGUUUUAUUUCGAGAAGUGUCCUAGGUAUUUUCCAUUACUUUUAAAAAAAGUGACCAUUAUUUUAAAAGAAAAGGGACAUAACUUAUAAUUUUGAUCGUUUUUCUUUGUUAAAUCAGAUAUCAUAGUUUUUUUUUGGUUUCGCCACUUACACAACUAAUUCUUCACAAUUCUUCGUUUUUAAUAGGGCUUUUCAUCGAUUGUCAUUUGUUUCGAGCUUCUGUCAUGUGUCACAUAAUAUUAAUAUAUCUACGUCAUACGUCUUUGGUUUGUAUCAUUGGUAUAUACCAAUAACGUAUGACGUAGAUAUAUUAAUAUUAUGUGACAAAUGACAGAAGCUCGAAACAAUUGACUGUGAAUGAAAAUCCCUAUUUAUAAAUUCUAGCAGUUACCGUUUAAAACUUACAGUUAAAUUAAGAUCUAAAAAAUCUAUUUUUGUCUCCCCUUAAAAAAGAUGUUUUUUUAGUUGGAACACCUUUCUUCUGGAUGAGCGAAUUGUUAAUAUUUAACUUUUUAUACAUAUAACUAAAAACUACCAAUUUUACUUUAGCUUUGAUAUACAAUGAAGAUUUUAUUUUAUAUUUUGCGUUAACAAUUUUGUUGGGAUAAAAAUGUGGAAAAUAGUCUUAGUAAAUAUGUGUAAUAAUUUUAGCUUAGUAAAAUAUUGAAAUCUCAGUUGUA